AUGACCGCACACUCUGCCGUACGGCGCAUGAACGCGCAGAAACGGCAUGGUCUAGGUCAACAUACGAAGUCCAAGAGCGUGCCUGCGACGCUCAGCACGAAGAGCACGAAGACGCUGCAGCUUGGACGGAGCAGCUCUGUCGGGUCGAUCACGUUAGGCGCGCGAACUUCUGUUAAGCGCCGUCGUCCCUCGGUCGUCUCGCAAGCGCGCGCGCCUGUCGUGCCGAUGAUCGCGCCCACACCGGCGCGCGCGGCGCCUCCUGAACUGUCCCGUGUGGGAGCGCGAAGUGUGCCUGCACGACGAACGCCGCUCGGUGCGAUCUUCGACAAUACAGACGAGUAUGACAUCUCGUUUCCGACGUUCGACGCGGCUGUGGAGUCGGACGAGGAUCCCUCGGACAGUAUGGAGAAUCCCAAGCUGCACGGGUUCGAGCCGGAGGAUAACGCGCUGUUCGCGCUCGAAGACGCUCGGGCGAUCACGAGGAGGACGCAGAGUCCGCUGGCCAGCCUCGUUUCGCCGUCUUCGUCCUUCUCCCGCUCCAACUCGGACGACAGCGAGUUUUCGUCUCCUUCGGCCGGUCCAUCCCGCAUCUGGACGUCAUCGCCUGAGCCGUCCAUGUCAGGUUGCUCAACGGACGACUCGCAAUCCGUACUCGCGUCCCCUCCGCAAUCGUUCUCCUCUUCAAUGUCCGCGCUCGAUCAUAUUCCGGGGCAGUAUAAGCGCGUGCGUGCACACCAGCCGGUGGUGGAGCGCGUAGCGGGCGCAUGUGCUGUACGGGUUGAGCAUUGGACGCCGCUCGCUCCGGGUUUGAGGCCGCCGCAGAUGAGCAUGAGUGUAAGCGACUCAUGGGCGCGUCCCAGCAGCUUGCGAUUCAACCUCCAGUCGCCCACGCCCUCGCAUACCCCGCGCGGUCUUCCGUAUCCACCAACGCUGGGUUCGCCACAAUCGCCACGACCCGGUAGCCCCCUCUCGAAAAGCUGGUCGAUCCAGAGCGCCUCAUCAGCAUCGGCCAGCCAAGAUGAAGAUGUCCGCGUACAAAGCCCAUCCAAACGUUCGCGCCCGACGAUCCUGCGCAAGCUGAGCGCGGAAGUGUUCAGCGGGUUUGGAGGUGGGAGUAAACGGCCGGCGAUGCAUGGGCGGGGGUUCAGUAGUCCUGCUGUGCCGAGGGUCGUGGAUCUGAAAGAGGGCGUUAAUGUUAAUGAGGCGGGCGGGAGGCCGUUGAGUUUGCUUGUUACGGCUAAGGCGCCUGAGGAGAGGAGGGAGAGGAGGGGCUCUGGGUUUUUGAGGAGGAGGGUGUCGUCGUCUGCUACUGUUAAGGCGGAGAGCAGGAGGAGCGUGUUCGGGUUGCGGCUGAGGUGA